AUGAAAUAUUCAAAAUUAACACCAAAACAGUUCAAUUCUCUUCUUAAACAGUCAUCAUCAACUAUUAAUGCCAGCAAAUUAUAUGUCUGUACACGAAAUGCGAAUGUUACUGUCCAAAGCAUCAAUGAUGUUGUAUCAGUUCUGAAAUCAGUUAAAACAUACAUGAAAUUCAAAAUAUUUGAUGGUGUCAUUGAUUUUUUAUUACAAAAUGAUAAGGAAACGCGCGAUCAUGCAGAAGAAAAUAAAAAGCUUCGAGAACAAAUUCAAUCUUUUCAAAUUUUAACUAAAAUCGCAGAACUUAAGAAAUCUAAUGAUUUUGAUAGAGUUUACAAAUUCUUUGAAGAACUUUCUUCUGAAGGCAAUCGAGAAAUGAUGUCAAGAGCUUGUGAAGAAGAACUUUGGGAGAAGACAGCAGGGUGGAGACAGAAUGUACUUCAUAUUGCAUGUGGAAAAGGAAAUUUUAAGCUUGUCAAAUUACUUAUCGAAUGUGGCUGUGAUAAAGAAGUAAAUGAUGGCUUUGAUUUCACUCCACUCAUUCGUGCAUCUCGGGAAGGUCAUCUCGAAAUUGUUAAAUAUCUUAUCUCUGUUGGAGCUAAUAAAGAAGGAAAUCCUAAUAAACGUAUAUCUCCACUCGUUUGGGCAUCAUGGAAUGGUCAUCUUGAAGUGGUUAAAUAUCUUAUCUAUAUUGGAGCUAAUAAAGAAGCAAGGGGUAUUAAUGGAGAAACCCCUCUCUUUGCAGCAUCAGAAGAAGAUCAUCUUGAAAUUGUUAAAUAUCUUAUAUCUAUUGGAGUUAAUAAAGAAGCAAUGAAUGAUGAUGGAUAUACUCCACUCAGUUAUGCAUCAUGGAAUGGUCAUCUUGAAGUUGUUAAAUAUCUUAUCUCUUUUGGAGCUGAUAAAGAAGCAAAGAAUAAAAACGGAUGGACUCCACUUAUUUGUGCAUCAUGGAAAAAUCAUUUUGAAGUUGUUAAAUAUCUUAUAUCUGUUGGAGCUAAUAAAGAUGCGAAGGAUUAUAAAGGAAAAACUGCACUCUCACAUGCAAAAGGUAAAGUAAGAGACUAUUUAAAAUCUAUUGGAGCCAAAUAA